UGAAGGUGAGAUGUAAGCUCCAUCUCAGCGCUUCCGAACGGUACCGUGCGCUGUUUACUUGCAGAGGAAACAAUACAUCACUAAAGGGAGCUCUGGCGAAGGUUGCGCGGCGUCGGCUGGGACGAAGAUGGCAUUUCGAGCUGCUGGUAGAGGAAAAGCAUGGUCUGGACAUGUGAGCAGAAUGAUGUAUUGUACCAAGGAGCAAUCAUCAGGGAACAUUCCCCAACAACCAAGACCGACACCUAAAACAUCUGAAAAAGCUGUUGAUCCAGUGUCUGACAUCAGUACAUACAAAGUGAACGAAUAUUACAGUCACAAUGACUUCUCCUUUUAUGACAUUGAUGUUGACAUGAAGACUCACCGACUGAAGCAGCCCUCCAGUCAUGGGACUUUGCAGCCAUGAGAUCAUAACAUGAACACUCCCCUAUAACAAAUCUUGCAGAGAUAUUUAGUGAUACAUGGAGUGUCAGCUAUAUGAAGAGAUAUCAUCAGGAUAUUUAGCCUUUUGUAUUUCUGUUUCAAUAAAGUGAAUAUUUAUCGGA